CUUUAGGAUGACAAAAUUUGUCAAAUCGGACGUAACUUUCAACCCACUGAGUUCAUCAGAAAUAAUUGUUCGCGUUUCCGUUGAAUUAAAAUUUGAGCAGAGAAAAUGGACUUUGAAGUUUUUCAUUUAAAUGCUAAACAUUUUCCAAGAUUUAAGUAUGCUUUAAAACAUUCAAGAGAGCCUCUGAAUCGGUAUUAUAGCAUUACAAAUCUUGAACGUGAUGAAAAUAAAUUAGUGCCGGACAGAGUUAAUCUUUUCAUUUCAAAUACAAGAGAUCAAGGAAAAUGUCUUGUCGAAAUUAAAGAUAUCGUUGGUAAAAGUGAAGAAUCUGAAAGACAGAAAGUGUUGAAAGGUGUGAACUUAGAGUAUCUUUCAAACUUUUCCAAGGAAGAGCAAGACAGUAUUUCAUUAUUUAUUACUUCCUGCAGAUGUCAGAGCUGAACUAGCUAGUCUUUCCAGUAAAAACAGUAUCCAAUGUCAUAUUAUUUUCAUCGCAAGAGAUGAACUUGAAGAAAAGGUUCUUACUGAAACGUUCAAAAGUGACAAACAUGAAAAUGUACAUGUAAGCACUCGGGCAAAUACUGCGCAAGACAUAGGCAACUUAUUAGAAAAGAUAGCACUUAAACCAUUGAAAGAACCAUGUGAAUAUUUGGAUAAACUCUUGCAUCAUGAAUAUGAGGCUUACAGUAAAUCAGCAAUACCAAACCAUAGAAAAGAACGAAGGGAUGCAAUUGAAACUAGACAAUGUCUUCGUUUUAUGAAACAAAAAGCCCCUCCUCGAAAUCAGAAACACACUAAAAAAGUGAGAUGCGGUAUUUCUGAUGAUGAACAAGAAAAGGCUCUUUUGCUGUAUUCUAAGCAACUGCAGCAAAGAAAUGGGAAAUGUAAUGGUAUUAUAAUACCUGAAGCAUAUGUUGAAAAACAGAACGGACACAGCUCUAAGUAUACAAAGCUUGUGCAUGUCGAUAAACAAGAGAUAGAAAGUCUACUGGAAGAGAUCUUAGCUUUGUAUGACAUCAGCAAUGUACCCGACUCAGAAAAACCAAAUGUUACAAAACACAAGAAGGUUAAAGUUACUCCAGAGCUUUGUCAAGAUUUGUUUGCUAUAAGCCCUACAAUAAAAAGAAUGGGAUACCGAUAUAGCAAAUUUCACAUUUAUGCACUGGAAAUCAAUGAGGAAGAAAAUAAGAGAAAACGCAAUAACGAAAUUGACCAAGUGUUGCAUAGAAAUGGCAUUUUUGAUUACGAGGUAACACAAUGUACAGACAAUGUCAAACCAUUAAUGUAUGUCGGAGCAAGUGUCGAGGCAAGAUCAGAAACGUCAGUAUCUGUUAGAACUAGAAAAUCCAGCACAUCUGUAACGAAACGUGGUACGCUUGGAUGCUUUGUAAAUCUGAAACAUCGGCGAAGACGGCUGAGGAGUAAACAAUGUGCUAUUCUCGCAAGGCAUGUUGCAGAGCACUGUAGUGAUUUAUAUCAUGUAUCUGAUGACCAAGACCGCAAGAUUGCAAGUAUCCUGCCGGCGACAUGUGUAAACGAGAACGGAAGUCUGGAUAUUGCAGCUGCCGAAAUGCAUGAACAACUUGAUGAAGACGGUAUAAGAUUUAAAGACUCUGACAGAAAUUUACUACCUGGUAGAAUGCACGAAUACAAUGGUGAAGACAAAAUCAUUCGUUCAGGAAAAAGGGUACAUAUUUGGGGAGCCACCUCCAACCCUGGACAUGGCGUAAUAACAGCACCAGAGAUUAUUUACGAAGGAAUGAAAGAUCCGUUGAUACAAAUUGAAGACAAAGAUGCAACUGAAGAAACACGAUUUGCUAGAGGAGGCGAUAGUGGAGCAAUGGUCUGCGCUGAUGAUCCUGAGGGAAACUGUGUUCAUGCUCUAGCAGUGGUCAUGGGCAUUCCGGCGAAUGUCCAAGCAAAGCAAACGAAACGGGAAUAUCUCACAAUUCCGUUAUCAAGGGGACUAGCACAAAUACAAAGACAAACAGACAAACACGUUGAAUUAUGCUGAUCCUAUCAAUUAAUCGUUUUUCCUGCUAAUAUAUGUAUAAAGUAUAAAUUGGUGAUCGCUUUUCACUACACCAAUAACAAUGAUUUGACAAUGACAAUGACAAUGACAAUGUAUUUAUUUGCUUGAUUUAAUAAGUGACUUUGCUAGUUUUAUCGUUAUAGAUUAUUAUGCACACACGCUAUAUUUAUAAGAGACGGAGAAUAUGAGUUGAAAUGUAAUCUGUUUUCGCAAUAAUUUUAUUAUAGUCCAAGAUAGAACUCGAUGUUUCUCACUGAACUGGCUUUGUCGUAUUCUGAAUUUAUUUUAAAAUACGUUAUCUGCAUACAACCAUAUUUGCUUUUUUAUGCUGAAAUGUUUAGGCUAGUAUUCAUCAAAUGAAGUAUCAUUUUGUAUUUAUGUUUAAGCAAGAUCUAUUCCAUUUAUUUUUUUUCUGUAAAGUUUUCAAAGCCAUUUGCUCAACAGAAAAUUAUUUGUUCUUUGGAAACAUAAUGUCAUCAGUCAUCUUUCUUCGCUCGCCUGUACUUCCUCCAUUCGUCGUUCCCAUAUACAUUGUUUGCCAACGACCUCUUUUUUAAUUAUUGAUGGAAUAAGAUCAAACUUGACAGGGACUCUUCUUUGAGUAGCCAGGCUGUACAUAUCCUCCUUCCCCACAAGCCCCUUUUGUUGAUAGUGAACAACAAUUGACAA